AUGAGAGUGUUAGUGGCAAUUCUCGUCUACGUGGCACUAUGUGCUGGUAACGCGAUACCUUCGAUACCAAAGGACAAUAGUCAUUAUGUAGAAGGAGAAAGUCGCUACAUAUGGAUGCCAGAUGGCAAAGGCGAACUUCACUUUGUAGACCUACAGGAAAAAGAGGAUUGGUCGACAUUCAACGCAACCAGAAACGCUGCUGCUACGCAAUUUUGGCUUUUUACCAGGCAAAACCGGAAUAGCCGCCAACUUUUGGUGCACAAUAACGCAAAUUCCGUGCGUAACUCUAACUAUCGGGGAAAUCGUCCUACCAAUGUAAUUGUGCACGGGUGGAGACAGAAUGGCGGAGACAGAAUGAAUAUCGACAUUACAUCGGCCCUUCUAGAUCUCGGAGAUUUUAAUGUAAUUGUAAUUGACUGGCGCGGUGUUGCUGGCGGGAGUUAUUCUUCAGCCGCCAAUCAAGUUCCUGCCAUAGGAAAUCACGUUGGAAAUUUCAUUCAAUGGAUUUUUAACAAUUUUGGUGGCAACUUCAACCAGCUUCAUUUAAUUGGCUUCAGUUUAGGCGCACACAUUGUCGGUAACGCAGGUCGCGCUCUAGGUGGAAGACCCGCUCGUGUCACAGGAUUAGAUCCAGCCGGUCCAAGUUGGAGGUCUAAUUCGAAUAGACUUAGCACUAGAGCUGGCCGAUAUGUCGAAGCUAUUCAUACUGACGGUAAUGUUCUUGGAAUUUUCAUCCCCGUCGGUCAUGCUGAUUUCUAUCCCAACGGCGGUCAACACUUCCAACCAGGCUGUAGCGAUAAUACUUGUUCACACGGCCGUUCUCAUCAGUUCUUUGCUUCGAGUGUUAGAACCAACCACUUCGUAGGCGUUCUAUGCAGAAACCAUAACGAAGCUAACCUCGGCACGUGUAACAGCAACACACAAUUUCGCAUGGGAAACGGCAACUUUGGCAAAAGAGGUUCCGGUAUCUACGCUCUGAGGACUGGAAGCAGUUGGCCUUUCUAAUACAUCUGACCUGAAUAAAUGACCUGAAGCUUGAUAUUUUUUAUUAAUAUUUAUUAAAAUAAAUACGUUAUACUAA